AUGGAUCACAACACCAAGCCCGAGGGAAAGCUGCCACGAGCCGAGAAGCAGACUGCCACCAGCACGACUCUGAAGUCAAGGAUUCCGAUCCGCCAGAAUACCACUCAUAGCCGACCUCGAUAUUGUCCCGUACGAAAGCGCAACACUCGCCGGUGGGGCAUCGCAACGCUUUCGGAAAAGGACAUGAAGCUACUGUCCACCACUCCAGCACGGCUCAGUCACGACCUUACCACCCUGGAAGCACUCGAAGGCCGGGCAAAUCCACGAUCUAGCUUGGAGUCAGCGUAUAGCAACAACUCGAGCGGCAGUAUUCCAAUCAUUCUUGACCUCCAUCACAUGCUCGAUACAGCAAUUCGUGAGACCACGUCAAAUGCUUCUGAGCUUCCCAAACGCCCGUCACGCAAACCUCGCAACACCAAGCUAAAUAGAAGAGCGGCGCUGAAGACCAUCGACGAGGAGGAAAGGGCGUCGACCCACAACCCACUUUCCAAAACCAUGGACAUGGCUCCCAUUCCCAAGCCCCUCCCAUCCCGCAAACGCACCACCCUCCUAACCCUCAAACAAAUGCUCACCACCCCUCCUACCUCUACCACUACCCCUCAAUCCUCCACCACUUCCCCCUCCCACCUCCUCCUCUCCGGCACCCUAGACCCCGACCUCACAACCCUGCACACCUCGAUCCUCACUUCCGCUCGUUUGGCAAACCUUUCGGCCCAAGUCGCACGCAAGCAUAUGUUGAAAGCGGAGAAAGCUGUGGGGAAAGUCGAUAUUGAGAAGGGGUUCUUUAGUGUUGUGAAUUUGAGGACGGAGUGGAGUUUGGUGGAAGAGGGGAGGGUGAGGGGGGAGUUGGGGAGGGUGGUGGGGGAGUUGGAGAGGGAGAGGCAAGAGAGGGGGAGGGGGGCGAGGGUUUAA